AUGGGCUGCUCAUUUGAAGCUAAAUUUCUGACGGUUCUUUCGCUAUUAUGCGCCAGCCAGGUUUGCGUGACAGUUUACUCAAAAGUCGCCACGACAACUUUUGAACGACGAUACGGACUUCCUUCAUCCAUUUCCGCAAUCGGGGGUCUCCUUGUGUCACUAGGCGCCUUCACUGCCACCUUACCUCAAUUCCUCUCACCUCCUUACGACGCCACUGGAGAUUCUAGCCAAGGAAUUUUAUGCGACGCGGAAAAUAAGACAUGCACCGAAAGUGCUUCGAAAUAUUUCUUCUUCCUCCUGAUUGGGGAGAUCUUCAUGGGCCUUGGGUUUUCUGGGUUCAUGCCGCUGGGCAUGUCGUAUUUGCACGACUCGCUGACGAGCACGAGAAAAAGAGGUUACUAUCAGGGAAUUCUUCUGGCCAUCUUCGUCUGCGGACCAUUGAUCGCCUUUGCUUUCAUUCAGCCAGUUGCUUCCCUGCUUUACGUAGAUUUUUACCGCUCCGAAACAAUCAUGGACCCUUCCGAUCCGGAAUGGGUGGGAGCUUGGUGGAUUGGAUACUUGAUUAGCGGAAUUUUCGCUCUCGCCGCUUCACUGCCAAUGCUUUGCUUUCCCAAAGUCCCGCCUUGUCUAACUUCUGUCGAGUUUGAUGGACCGAAAGGACCCGCUGCGGCGGCAAAAAUGGCAAAACUCGUCCUCACAUCUUCCGUCCCAGUCAUCCUCAUCGUCAAUCAUGGGAUUCUCUCCAUCACCACGGCCGCUUUGAAUGGCUUCGGCAUGAAAUAUCUCGAACGCCAAUUUGGUCUCACAGCGAAAGAAGCAGGAGUUCAGUACGGGAUGAUCACGAUUCUUGGGGCGUUUUUUGGCGCUUUGUUCGGCGGCUGGUUUCACAAAAGAUUCAAUUUGCAGGAAAAAGGAACUUCUUGGCUGAUUCUUUCCUGUACAGUCGUUUCCGUCAUUGCCCUUGCGCCGCUCUAUUACCUCGGCUGUGAUACUCCGGAAGUUAUCGGUCUGAAUAUCGAUGAAAACAAUGUUGGCUCUGUUGAACCGAAUUCAAUUUGCUCCGACUUCAGCGAAUCAUGUUCUUGUCCGACUCAAGAAAUUCAACUCGUAAAGGAUGAAGCUGGAAAUAUCUUCUCAAGCCCUUGUAUGGCAGGAUGUCAGACGGUCAGCGGACCAUCGAACUUUUCUGACUGUAGCUGUUUAUCUUCAGUUUCAGAAUCAAACUCGGAUUGGGCUUCAAGUAAAUUUCGAACUUGUCCAGACUCGAUUCUUCAACAGGUUCUGAUCUGCUUCGCGAUCAGUUCUUUCUUCCACGGGAUAGUUGGUGGUCCUUAUGUUUCGCUGUUGCUGUCGCGAGUUCCAGCGAAUACGAAAGUUGUGACAUUUGGACUCAUGCACUUGGGGAUGAAGUUGAUCGGCUACGCUCCAGGGCCGUUUUUGGCUGGAUCCGCGAUCGAUACGACCUGCAUCUUCUGGAAACAAGAUGGCUGUGGCGAGCGAACAAGCUGCCAAUUCUACGACAAUGAAUUAUUCCGAGCCGGUUUCACCAAUCUCCUCGUUAUUCCCGGGCUUGUGACAUUUCCAACAUACUUCUACAUCGUCUACAAAGCUUAUUCUAAGAAACCCGACCGAUGCCCGAUGUAUUCGCACAAAGAAAUCGAAGAGUCGAAGAUCUUGAAUAACUAA